AUGCAACACAUGCUUGUCCUGCGCCGAGUUGUUUGUCCGGGAGCAGCCAGGAUCCCAGAUGUCUGGACGCGCAGCUUCGGGCUGGUGGAGUUUGCCGGCCAGUGGCCUCCCUCUGAGCAACGCCAGUUUGAAUCGGACAUGCGAGUCAUCAGGGACUUCAUCACUGCGCCAGAGGAGCAACUACUGAUGCGGGAAAUCGAGCCACACAUCAGCCGCUUGCCGUACGAGUCGAGCCACUGGGACGAAGCAAUUCACGGAUACCGCGAACUUGAACGCAGAAAGUGGUCUCCCGAAAACCGGGCCAUGCUGGAACGCGUCUCGCAAGCUGCCUUCUGUGGCCAGGUGAUGCCCUUUGUUCACAUCCUGGACUUGGCUGUCUCUGGCGUGAUCAAGCCGCACGUGGACAGCACUCGAGUGAGUUGGACCAUGGAAGAUGCAAGACGUUUCCAUUCUCACUUACCCAUUUGUACUCGGCAGUUCUGCGGCAACACCAUCGCGGGAAUCAGCCUCCUCAGCGACUGCGUAAUGCGACUGAAGCGAGUGACCAAAGAUCUUGAUUCCGUGGGCCACUCUGCGGAUCUGCUCCUGCCGCGACGCUCGCUCUACAUCAUGAGUGCGCUGGCGCGGUACGAGUUCACCCACGAGAUCCUGGCCAGAGAUCAAUCGUGGUUCAAGAAGCGUUUGGUGGAAAGAAGCCGACGCAUUUCCGUCAUUUGCCGUAACGAACCUUGA